AUGUAUAAUGUUAAAGAAACAUCAAAAGUUGAAUUUUCUUCAUUAUUAUCUUCAUUUGAAUAUGAAUUAAAUAACUGUGCAUUGUCGCCAACCAUAUCGCAGUUAGACCACCAGGAAGUCGUCGAAACGAAAUUCUAUGGCGAUCGUUUGUUGGGCGGCGAUGUGAUAACUGGGAAAUCUGUUACUAACACAAAUUUCGAUUCAGAUUUCAGCAAUGUUGGUCACAGCCUCUUCUCUUUUGAAGUGGACACUAAUACACUUUCGCCGGAAUUAUUCGCUGAAAACGGGGAUAACGCAGAUUUUGAUUGGACAUAUUUAUUACCUGAUUCUGGUGAACCAGUGUCAUUAGAAGAUAUUAUUCCCAGUCAUUUCCUAAAUUGUGAGUCAAAUAAAGAAGCAGGGCUAAAAGAAAGAACAGGAGUUGGAAGAAGCAAUGGAAAGUGUAACAGGUUUCAAAGGAAUUCUCUAGGAGAUAGCUCUAAAUUAGAGAUACUGAAGUCUUAUUAUAAAUCAAGAGUUGUGCAACAGAAGCCUAUAUCGUGCUCCUCAUCAGCUCAUUAUCUUUCAGAUUCGAAAAAAUGCUAUGUACAUUCAAAUUGUGUUCAGUUAAAUGAAGAUUUCGAUUUACUUGGAAGUGAUUACGAUAGAAAUAUUUCCUAUGAAAACACACAAGUGGUAAACUUAAACAAUAAAGAUUUGCAAAAUGGUAUACCUUGUGGCAACCCAAACUGCCGCACUUCUAUGCAAAGUUGUAUUUUGAAACCAGUCAGACGCUUUUCUAUUGCCUUUUGGAUCAGGUUGCAAGUCAAAGGCUGAAUGCGUGUGGUGGCCCCUCAAGACAAGUACUUGCUUCGGGUUGGGCGUCCGAGCAGUACCCCAGCACUCGCAUGAACUAAGAGAUUUUGUGUGGUGGAUCUCUUGGUGCCCAUAAUAUACCAAGUUGGAAUUUUAAUAAG